GUUAAUUGUCCAAAUGAAAUUUUUCAAAUAAUUGAAUCAUGUUGGACAUUUAAAGAAUCAUUACGGCCAACAUUUACACAAAUAUGUGGAAGUCUUCGACAUUAUUUAUAUGGUUCAUCACCAAUUGAUUAUUCCGAUUUAGAUUAUGUAGAUUUUCCACCAAUAUCAUCACCAUCAAUGAGUGAUUUUGCAUCGACAACAAUUUUACCUCUAUCAACAUCAGGUAUUGCAAGUGAUACAAAUAGUCAUAGUCAUAUAACAACAACGGCCACAUCAUCAUCAUCACUUUCUUAG